GGGAGACGGGGCUGGAGGGGAGCGGGCGGAGGAGCUGCCCGCAGGCGUCGGGGGCGAUUUCCUCUUCCCAGCGGGGGGAAGGGGGGGCGUCUCUUCCCUUCCUAGAGCCAGAAGGGGAGCAGGGCUGCGGAGACAGGACUGAUCGCACCGCGCCCGGCCAGGGUGGGACAGCUCCCAACCCCCCUCCCACGACCCCCAUAGACCCCCCACCUGCGGGGAGGGUGCGGGACAGCCCCCCCAUAGACCCCCGAUCGCCCCCACGUGCGGGGAGGGUGCAGGGGAGGCUGUUUGCUCGCCGCUGUCUCGGAGGAUGAAGAGGCUGAGCGAGGAGAGCUGGUCGGGCUCCGAGUCGGACGGGACCAUAGACGUGGGCAAAGAGGAGGAAUACAGCCAAGUAUCCAGGGCUGUUUCUCCCACCACCACAUCUCAGAUACAAGCCAGGAAGAAGCGGAGAGGGAUCAUUGAGAAGCGGCGCCGUGACCGUAUUAACAGCAGCCUGUCUGAACUGAGGCGUUUAGUCCCUACUGCCUUUGAGAAGCAGGGCUCCUCCAAGCUGGAGAAGGCAGAGAUCCUGCAAAUGACAGUGGACCAUUUAAAAAUGCUUCAUGCCACUGGAGGAACAGGGUUCUUAGAUGCCCGGUCCCUGGCUGUGGAUUACAGGAGUAUCGGCUUCCGUGAAUGCCUCACUGAAGUUGUCAGAUACCUUGGUAUCCUCGAGGGACAAAACGGUGCUGAUCCUAUCCGGCUACGACUCCUCUCCCACCUGAAUAAUUAUGUUGCCGAAAUGGAGCCUUCUCCCAUGGCCGCUUCCCUUCUGCCCUUUCAGAUGUGGCCCUGGUCAUUCCUCCACAAUUCCACAGCCCCCGCCAACCAAGUACUAAUACCCAGGAGGGAGGCUGUCCCGGGUCUAGCUGUCUUGACUGCUUCCCCCCUGGCUUAUCCAAGCACCACCAUGAGAAGAGCUCCCGUUCGCCGAAUUCCUAGUGCCAUCAUGCCAGCUCGCCGAAACUUCCUUUCCAAUCGGAUGGCCUCUUCGUCCCGGAGGGCUAAACCCACAGUGACAUCACCAACCCCAGGUGCCAUGUCCAGUGUGCCAUCACCGAGGGGUGCCCUGAGAGACACCACCUCUAGAAGCAGCCAGAUUGCAACUUUCCUGCUCUCCUCCGCCUCUGCUGGAGUUCCCGUACCACCCGCUUCUUACACAGCCCCUCCUGCUUUGAAUGCUUCUCCUCAGGGACCAGGCACCAGAGGUGGGACUUCCAGACUCUGCCGCUCCUGGGCUACUGAAAUUGGGGCUUUCUGAUCCCUCCCUGACAAAAUCCUAAGGGAGACAAAAAUCAUCAGCAGCCACUGCUCAAAAAGCACGCUCCGGUGAACAGCUUCUUUCCUGCUUUGCAGAAAUAAAGGAUCGAUAAAGGA